ACUUUGAAAGCGUGAAAAUGGACAAAGAACUUGAUUUAUCUCAUGAUAGUGAAAGUGUGAAAGUGGACAAGGAAAUAAGAUGCGAAAAUGUUAAAAUUGACAAUGAAUCUGAUUGUGAACACGUAGACCAGGAAACUGAUAGUAAAAAUGUAAAAAUGGAAAAUGAUACCUCUAUAAUUGACAAUGAAUCUGAUUGUGAACACGUAGACCAGGAAACUGAUAGUAAAAAUGUAAAAAUGGAAAGUGAUACCUCUAACAAUGACAAAGUUGACAAAGAAACUGAUUUGCCUUUAAUGGCUAAUAUCGAAAGUGUGAAAAUGUUAAACUAUUUAAUGGAAUUAUUUUGUGAUUUUAAAAAGGAAAUAUUUUCUGGUUCUUUGAUUUUACAUCUCCAGUUUCUGGACCAGACGACGGCUAGUGUAAUUCUUGACUGUUGUGACAUCAACAUCAUCAAAGUUGUUCUCCUCCAACCCCCCGGGGGGGAGCAGGAGUUGGACUUUGAGAUCACAGAGUGGGCGCUGACAGUGAGUUUAUCCAGGGAUAAAACUUUAACCACAGCGAGCCUAUCAGGGGACAAUUUUUCAAGUGAAAUAAAGAUUUAUUAUGAAACAAAACCAGAAUCAAGAUCAUUGCAUUGGAGAAAAGAUUUUGAUGGGAAUUUAUGUGUUUACACUCCAGCCUCUGCAAUAAAUAACAGGGGCCUGUUUCCGUGCCAGGAUAUACCUGGAGCAAUGUCUAGCUGGGAAGCAAGUAUUCUUCUACCCCUAGAAUCAAACAUGAAUGUAUACACAACAGGAGAUGCACAUGCACUGGUAUCUGAGACGGUAAAUUACAGAAAAUAUUGGUUUAAAAGUGGGAUGGUGCUCCCUAUGUCCACAUUUGCUGUUGCAGUCGGAGCUUGGAGCACUCAAGACUUGUCUUUUCAUCAUACAGGGUUACACAUACCUAUUAGGUUGAUAGGCCCUGAACAGCUGAUAAGAUCAUCUAACCCUCAUCUUCUUUCCUAUAUCCCGGAAGCUGUGAAAUCAGCUGUUUCCAUUCUAGGUCCCUACCCUCUACCUAAGCUGGAUGUUCUGAUCGUAUCCCGAUGUUUCUCUGGUCUAGGGCUGUCCUCCCCCAAUCUCAUCUUUAUCUCCCCUUCCUUACUACUUGGAGAUAUCUCUCUACUCGUCAAGAUUUCGCAUGAGAUUUGUCAUGCUUGGUUUGGGAUAAUGCUGGGAGCCAAGGACUGGACAGAGGCUUGGCUGUCAGAGGGGUUUGCAACAUUUUUAGAGGAUUUUGUUCACCAGAGAACGUUAAAAAGCUUGGGAGUUGACUCUCCCCCUGACUUGGUGAAACUAAGAGCAUUGAUGAAAUUAAAAACUCUAGAGGGAGAACUAGAAAGUACAUCAGCAGAUCUUACUCAGCUGAGACCUAUGAGAGGUGUAAAACUGAAAGAUGAUUCUGAAACUGGUUUUGUAAAGAAUGGAUUGAACCCUCUUGCAUCUCUCACCCAGGCUCAUUACCUUAAAGGAUUCUUUCUGCUUCACUAUCUGAUGAGUUUAGUGGAAGAGACGUCUUUUCUUAAUCUUAUCAGGCGAUAUUUUGAAAUGUUUAAAGGAGAAUUGGUUGAUUCUACUCAAUUCCUUCAGAUGUAUUAUCAUUCCUUCAGAAACAGUAUCAGAGUUUCACUGUCUGACUUGAUCAAAACUUGGCUUGAUUCUCAUAGGCUUCCUGAACCUCUAUCUAAACCAGUUGACUACCCCCUCCUACCAAUUUUGAACUGUAAACACAUUACCCUCUACCAAGUCGUGAUGGACCUCCACAAGCAGAUUCUCAUCUUUAACACUAACUCCAAGCUCACAGGGCGCACUGCCUGUACCGUUUCUGUGCGCCAUACCCCAGAUUUCUCUGUGCUCGUCUUCUCUGAACAGCUGAUUUUGUUCCUGGACUCUCUGACGUCAGAAAAGCUAAAGAGUUCAGUACUUAAGUAUAUUUACGACCAGAAUGAGGAGAUGAUUAGAUCCAACCUUGAUGUUCUCCAUCUUUGGUGUGAGAUUGUAGUAUUCAACAAGUUUAAACCCAGAUAUGAUGAUAUUGAGUACCUGCUAGUAGAGCACCAAAGUAUGGGAGUAUAUCUGUAUUCAGAACUAAUAUUCUCCAAGAAUAAAAUCCAGGUUCAGCUUUUUCACAAGGUUUUUGAUAAGAUAGAACAAGAACUCGAUCCUUCUAUCAGAACUGUUAUCAGAUCAUUUAUAGACCAGACUAAUCUGGUAACCUCCAGUUCAGCUAUUUAACCAGAUAA